AUUUAUUUGACCAGACUUUGCUGUAACUGAAGAAGAGGAGAAGAAAAAGAAGAAGAAGAAGAAGAAGAAGAAGAAGAAAGCGUGCAUUCCAUCAGACAGUCCUUUCUUCGUCCUUGCUUCUCCUCCUCCUCCUCCUCCUCCUCCUUCUUCCAGUCAUCUCCCUGCCUUCAGCGGCCUUGUGAGUCUGUCUGCGGCGAGCGUUGAGAGUGACCGGAGCGAAGCAGUGAGCGAAUAGGAAGAAACGUAAAGAGAGAGAGUGGGAACCAAGAGAGAUAGAGAAGAAGAGAAAAAUAGUGAACGAGAGAAGAGAAGGAAGAAAAAAGUGAAGGAGUGCCUGGUAAAAGAAAAGAAGAGGAAGUAGAAACGUAAUAAAACUGGGACUAGACGGAAAGAAGAUAAAAUAAGAGAAAGAAGGGAGAACAGGAAGAAGAGGUAGGGAAAGAGGAAGAACUAAGACAGACAGAAAGAAAGAAAAAGAAAACGUGAACUAGCAGAAACGGAAUAAAGCGAAGGAAAGAUAGAAAUAAUAAAACAAAAGAGGAGAAAAGAGAAAUAUAGACAAACUGAGAUAGAAAAUUGAAAAAAAAAUCAAUAGAAAAGAAAACAGGAGUUGAAUAAACCACGAGAGAGAGUGAAAGGAAAGCUAGAUAAAGAAAGGAGAUAGAAAUAACAGAUAAACAACUGGAAAAGGCGCUACAUGCACAGAACUGAGGAAAAUUAAAGGAAAGUAAAGAAAACGAGAAAAAAAAAACAACAGGAAGGAAAGAAGAAUAAAAAAAAAGACGAAAAGAAAGAUAGAUAGAAAGAAAGACAGAAAGACAUACAGGUUUUAUUCUCCCAUCAAUAGGUUUUAAUUAAUUUACCUCUCCGUCUGUCUGUCUGUCUGUCUGUGUGUCUGUGUGUCUGUCUGCACCUCAAGGCACACCUGAAAUACGUAAACUAAUUAACUUCGCCAAAUAAAAGUUACAGUGGAAGUUAUGAAGACGUUUAUGAUAAUGGUGGCGGUGGUGGUGGCGGUGGUCCUACUUGGCUCCCCCCCAGCACUGUGCCAACACUACGCCAGCAGAAGCCCCGCCAUCGUCACUGAUCCGAAGCUUCGAAAAGUUUAUGAAUUCCUCUACCCGUAUUAUCAAAAGCCUCGCUACCGCUAUCCCUUCUAUGAUGGGGAGGGCAACGGAGAGCUGCUAUACGGCUACGGCGGCCCCAGGCUCUUCAGGUACACCGUGUUUAAGCCCGUGGAAGGGUACCUGAGGAGACGCUGACGGAGACACUGCCCCGUAUUGAGAAAUGCUUUGCUCUCUCACCACGACUAUUUUCAAAGGCCACAGAGAUGAUCAGCCGAGUUGCCAAGAGUGUUUCUUCUGUUACGCACACAUUCACACACACACACACAAACAAACACACAUACACACGUUGAUAUUAGUAAUUAUCGUACAGUUGCAUCAUCAUCAGUGUUAGAUAUAUGUAUAUACAAACAGACAGACAAACAUCAACUGUCAAAUAAACAUAAACGGAAAAGGUCCAGGAAAUAAACAUUUACUGGAUAAAAAAAAAAACAAGAAAGGUCAUGAUUACUUGUAGUUGUUGUAGUUAUUGUUGUAGUUAUUGCUGUGUUUCUAUCGGUGUUUAAAAGUUAUCCUCUUCUGACACACACACACACACACACACACACACACACGCAUCAUCACUUCGCUUCAAAAUAUAUUGUUAGUAAACUAAAAACAAUAACAACAAUAGUAAUUGUUGUAGUACAUUGUUGUGUUAAUAUUUUGUAUUGUUUGUAAUAAAGAUUA